AAGUGGUUAUCAUGUUUAUUUCCAAGGCUUCUGGGAUAUUCUAAACAACAUCACGAUGGUCACAUUUAACUUGACUGGCUUCAACCCAGACAUAUUCAUCCUAGUGGGGAUCCCGGGGCUGGAGCAGUUCCACAUCUGGAUUGGCAUUCCUUUCUGUGCUAUUUACCUCCUGACUGUAAUGGGAAACUUAAUUUUGUUGUAUCUCAUCAUCAUGGAGCGCAGCCUCCAUGAGCCCAUGUUCUUCUUCCUCUCUCUGCUGGCUUCCACUGAUCUGGUGCUGUCCACAUCUGUUGUUCCCAAAACCCUCAAUAUCUUGUGGCUUGGAGCCAGAGAAAUCACCUUCACUGGCUGUCUCACUCAGAUGUUCUUUCAUCACUAUAGCUUUGUUUUAGACUCAGCCAUUCUGUUGGCCAUGGCAUUUGAUCGCUAUGUGGCCAUCUGCUCUCCACUGAGAUAUACCACCAUCCUGACUCAUCAAGCCACCAUCAAGAUCAUACUGGGUAUCUGCUUUCGCAGCUUCUGCAUCAUAUUCCCAGUUGUUUUCUUGCUGAAACGCUUACCUUUUUGCCAGACACGCAUCAUCCCCCACACUUAUUGCGAACAUAUUGGUGUGGCCCGCCUCUCCUGUGCUGACAUCUCUAUCAACAUCUGGUAUGGCUUUGCUGUGCCCAUUAUGACUGUAAUUUCAGAUAUAGUAUUGAUUGCACUCUCUUACAUGCUUAUUCUUCUAGCUGUGUUCCGCCUCCCAUCUCAGGAUGCCCGUCAGAAGGCGCUGGGUACAUGUGGCUCCCAUGUCUGUGUCAUCCUGAUGUUCUACACACCAGCAUUCUUCUCCAUCCUUGCCCACCGAUUUGGACAUAAUGUUUCUCAAACUUUCCAUAUCAUGUUUGCCAACCUCUACAUAGUUAUUCCACCAGCACUCAAUCCCAUCAUCUAUGGCAUUAAGACAAAGCAAAUAAGGGACAAGAUCAUCGUCUUGUUCUCUCCAAAGGCAACCCAGUGA